CGCGGGCCGCUGGGUUUCCAUGGUAACCGCGCGGGACGGCCGGCACCAGCGGAGCGCCCCGCGCCCCUCCCGCGCCCCUCCCGCGCGGGGCCAUGUCCCGCGGGCACUGCCCCCACCUGCUCUGGGACGUGCGGAAGCGGAGUCUGGGGCUGGAGGAGCCCGGCCUGCUGCGGAGGCACUACCUGGGCAGAAGAGAAUUUAUCCAAAGGUUAAAACUUGAAGCAUCCCUGAAUGUGCAUGAUGGAUGUGUGAAUACAAUUUGCUGGAAUGACACAGGAGAAUAUAUUUUGUCUGGUUCAGAUGACACCAAUCUGGUAAUCACUAAUCCCUAUAGCAGAAAGGUGUUAACAACCAUUCGCUCAGGACACAGGGCAAACAUCUUCAGUGCCAAGUUCUUACCAUGCACCAAUGACAAACAGAUUGUCUCUUGUUCCGGAGAUGGAGUCAUUUUUUACACGAACGUUGAGCAAGAUGCGGAGACCAACAGACAAUGCCAGUACACCUGCCACUAUGGAACUACAUACGAGAUUAUGACAGUACCAAACGAUCCCUAUACUUUCCUCUCUUGUGGUGAAGACGGCACUGUAAGAUGGUUUGAUACUCGAAUCAAAACAAGUUGCACAAAGGAAGAUUGUAAAGAUGACAUUUUGAUUAACUGCCGGCGAGCCGCCACUUCGGUGGCCAUCUGCCCGCCCAUCCCCUACUACCUCGCUGUAGGCUGCUCGGACAGCUCAGUAAGGAUAUAUGAUCGGAGGAUGCUUGGAACAAGAGCAACAGGGAAUUAUGCUGGUAGGGGCACUGUUGGAAUGGUGGCACGUUUUGUUCCUCCUCAUCUCAGCAACAAGUCCUGCAGAGUGACAUCUCUGUGUUACAGUGAAGAUGGUCAAGAGAUCCUUGUUAGCUACUCCUCGGAUUACAUAUACUUGUUUGAUCCCAAGGAUGACACAGCACGAGAACUGAAGGUUCCUUCUGCUGAGGAGAGGCGGGAAGAGUUACGGCAACCUCCUGUUAAACGUCUGCGCCUGAGAGGGGAUUGGUCAGACACUGGGCCAAGAGCGCGGCCCGAGAGCGAACGAGAAAGAGACGGGGAGCAAAGUCCUAAUGUCUCUCUGAUGCAGAGGAUGUCAGAUAUGCUGUCCAGAUGGUUUGAAGAAGCCAGUGAAGUUGCACAAAGCAAUCGAGGACGAGGGAGAUCACGUUCCAGAGGUGGGACUAGUCGAACAGACGCUCCAACUGCUAACAUGCCACCCACGACAGAGUCAGAAACUGCAAUGGAAGUGGAUGGUUCUGAACAACUUCCGUCAUCUUCCUCCUCUACCAUGUCAGCCCAAGCUCCUUCAACGUCAUCUUCAACAGAAAGCCCCCCUUCAACUUCAUUAUUGUCCUCUCCUGAUAAUGAACAAAGGCCUUCUUUGGGGGCCUCAACCCAACCUGUACUGCAUCAGUCUGAUUCUCCUUCUUCAGUGGUUAACAAACAGCUUGGAUCCAUGUCACUUGAUGAGCAACAGGAGUGUGAUAAGCCACGAACAGGAACAGGAGAACCAGUUUUGAGUUUGCACUACAGCACAGAAGGAACAACUACAAGCACAAUAAAACUGGACUUCACUGAUGAGUGGAGCAGCACAAAUUCAAGCUCUAGAGGAAGUGGAAGUCAUUGCAAAACUGAAGGUCAAGAAGACUCUGUCAAAAAAGCCUCAGAAGAGUCAGAGCUUGGAGAUGAAGAAACAAGGGUUCCUGAUGAACAUCCCAGGGAUGAUGCAAGUGCUGAAGGACUGAAAACUACAGAUCAAACUGUAGAGAGGACAGAAGCGACUGCGUCAGAUAAAUCUGGUCCUGAACAUUCUGGAAUCCAACCAGAAGAAAAUGGUCCUGAUGCUGAUGCUGUCUCUGGAAACGUAGAGGGAGAAGCCUCCUGUGAGAAGAGCAUGAAUCAAGAAGUUUCAGGUCAAAGUGUUGCAUCUGCUGUCAGCUCUGUUGCAAAUGAUGAACCUCAGCUUCAGCCAUACCCAGAACCCUCAGGGCUCGCAACUCCAGAGGAGUCCUCCACCAGGACCUCAGCACUCCAAGAAACCGACGAUAGUGAUGAUGAUCCUGUUCUGAUCCCAGGGGCACGGUAUCGAGGAGGACCAGGACACAGGCGCUCUGCCGUUGCGCGCAUCCAGGAGCUCUUCAGGAGGAGGAAGGAGAGGAAGGAGAUGGAGGAGCUGGAGACGCUGAACAUCAGACGCCCUCUGAUCAAGAUGGUUUAUAAAGGCCACCGCAACUCCCGAACAAUGAUAAAGGAAGCCAAUUUUUGGGGAUCUAACUUUGUCAUGAGUGGAUCAGACUGUGGCCAUAUUUUCAUAUGGGAUAGACAUACUGCUGAGCACCUCAUGCUGCUGGAAGCUGAUAAUCAUGUGGUGAACUGUCUUCAGCCUCAUCCCUUUGACCCAAUUCUGGCCUCUUCGGGUAUUGAUUAUGACAUAAAAAUUUGGUCUCCAUUGGAGGAAUCCAAGAUUUUUAACAGAAAACUUGCAGAUGAGGUUAUUACACGAAAUGAAUUAAUGCUGGAAGAGACCAGAAACACCAUUACUGUUCCAGCUUCUUUCAUGUUACGGAUGCUGGCUUCAUUGAAUCAUAUAAGAGCAGACCGAUUGGAAGGUGACAGAUCAGAAGGAUCUGGUCAGGAAAAUGAGAACGAAGAUGAAGAGUAACUGGCAGUUGUGUGCAAGCACCUAGACAUUAAUGGAAUUUGUAUAAGACAUUAAUUCUAUUUUUCCUUACAGAGCUUUAGUGCAAUUCUAAGGUAUUGCUUUUGGAUAACCUAACCUUUUGAUUUCGAAUGACUGUGUGCAUGACUUUGGGAGAGUGUGCAAGUAAAAUAAGCAACAAUGUUUUUAAACUGUUUCGCCAUGUAUGAGGGGUGCUAGAAGAUGCAAAGUGCAAUAUUUUCCUUAACCUGCAAAUGUGGGAGCUUGGAUCAAUGUUUUAAAGUACCUUUCAUUAUAGUAAAAAUGUUGGUUCAGAUAAAUUUCUAUACCUGCUGUUUGCAUGUUUGUUGCUUUCUAAUUAAAAGAUUUGUUUGGUUUAA